AUGAUGGAAAAUGAUGAUGAUGAUGAUGAUGCAAAGCUCAAAGAAGAAAUAGAAGCCGAAUUGGAUAAAAUCAGCAUUUCUUCAUUAGAAAAAGAUGAUGUUGAUAGUGAUUCAAAAUCAGACACCCUGAGUGAUGAUAGUGAUACAGAUUUGGAUAAAUUACCUGAGUCAGUUCUUUACUGUAUUAACGUCAUAAAGAAUAAGAGUAAAACUGUUGAAAAGCUCAUUCUUCAGGACUUGGAAGAUACUGAUGUUUUAAACUAUAGUUAUGGAGUGGUUCCUAAUAAUCACAUGCAUUUAAGGAUAGCAUUUUCAACUGAACAUAAAGAAAAUUCGGAGCAGUUAAGAAAGAUGUUAUCUGAAAUAGAAAAAGAAGAAUUUCUGAGGAAUAAAACCCAUUGUGGCAGUCCUGAUUCUAUUCCGGAGCCUGGUCCUCAUGAUUUGCCUGUGGAUGAACAUGUUUUGCCAGAUGAUGUUGAUAUAAAUUUUGGAUACUGUGAAGUGGAAGAAAGAUGUAGACAGUCUUUUGAGGCUUGGCAAGACAAACAGAAAGAACUGGAAGACCAGGAGAAAGAAACUCUCAAAGCUCAAAGGGAUAGAGAAGAAAAGCAAUUUCAAGAAGAAGAAGAAAAGAGACGUUGCUGGAUGAAACAAUUUGAAGUUGAAAAGAAGAAAUUAGAGAAUAUUCAGAAGCAAGAACAGGACAAGAUGAAUGACAAACUCCAUAAAGAAGAGAAAAUGUGGAAAGAGAAAUUUAAACAGCAUGAGGAGUUUAUUAAAAACUUGAAUUUACAAAUGGAAGAAGAAAGAACAAGAUUUAAAGAUCUACAAGAAAAAGAAAAAAUGCGUUUGUUAAAACUGCAGCAUAAUGCAGCUGUAACAAUUCAAGCUAAAUAUAAAGCAUUUGUGGCGUACCAAAAAUAUGGCCCUAUCAUAAAAGAACAAGUAGAAAGUAAGAAAAGGAAAGCACAAGAGUGGAAAGAAAAGGAAGCAAAAAUACGACAGAUGGAAGAAGAAAAACGAAAAAGAUUGGAGGAGGAACAAAAGAUAGAAGAAGAGAUAAAAAAGCAGAAGCAGGAGGAAAGGAGGAGGAGAGAAAAAGAAUAUGAAGAAAAAAAGAACAUCAUGAGAAGAGAAAAAGAGCAACUACUAAAAAAGGAAAAAUUAAGAUUAAGAGAAGAUGCAAGCAAACAGCUAAUAAUAAGUAGAGCAUUAAACAAAGGUGAAUAUAAUAUCAAACAUUUAGCUGUUGAAGAUACAUCAAAAAAUAAGGAUGAUAUAGCCAAAAAGGCAAGGGAUGAAAAGUCAAAGAAAUGGGAAGAUGUUCCCCUCUGGCUACCUGAAAAAUCAAAUAAGACAGAAAAGGUGGGUAGACAGCUUAUAUUAAAAGAAUCAGUACAAGUGCAAUCAAAAGAUCCUAUUACAAACCAGGCAAUUUUGGCAGAAUUUGAAGUAAAAAAUGAAAACCUGGCAAAACAACAAUGUUUUGAAAAAAAUGUCAAGGAGGAAAGAAAAUGUGAAAAUGUAGACAAAAAAACUGAAUUGGAAAACCCAGAUCUGAAAGAAAAUGUGAAAGAACAGUUUCAGCUGCAAGAAUUAAAGCCUCAAAUACAAAAAGGGAAAAAUGUGAAACCUGCCAUAAAUGAGAGUAUGAGACAAGACACCCAAAUAAUAAUAUUAGGAUAUAAUCAAGAAAUUAACAGGGUAAAAAGAAAUGAAGCACAGAAAAUAAUUAAAGGUACUCAACAGAAUAAGAUACAAAAAGUAGAAAAAGAAGAGCUAUCACAACAGAACGGAACAUUAUAUGAAGAGAAUAAUAUUUCAGUGAUUUCAAUGAAGCAACAACCACUAAAAUUAGAAAAUCCUGAAGUUAUAGGAGAAAAUAUAAUACUACAAGAAAAAGAAAUUGAUUUAAAAUCCAAAGAAACUGAGGAGCUCCCAAAAGGCAAUACUCUGAAUAGCGAUGUGAUUUUUAACAGCAGUGAUUCCAUGAUAAAUACAGAAGGCAAAAUAAAUAAGCAAGAUUAUAUUUUCAGUAAAAAUGCUCCUUGUAAAGACUUGGGUAGCUAUAAUGCAAAAAACUCCUUAGUUUUUAAAGAAGUAAACUCUCUUAAGUCUCAACUUAAAGAAAACCCAGAUGAAUGUCAUGAAAAUGGAGCUGAAUGUGAAAGUAUUGUGACCUGUUCUUUACCACAGCCAACACUUCUAACUUCUAUUGAAGAAAAGAGGCUGGCUUGGAUAAAAUCAUUUAAACCAUGGUUUGAAAUUUUCAAGCAAAAUCAACAAAAGAAAAUUGUUAAGAUGAAGAGACCUGUAAAAUGCCCAGCCAAUGUGAUGCCCCCUUUGAAUAUACCAGAAAUUCUUCAAUGUGGCCCUUGGAAUACUUUACAGCAGGUUACAACAGUUACAUUUCAAGAUUUGCCAGGUUGUAGUCUCUCCACACUAGCAGAGUGUCCAAAUCUUCAGUUUUUGUCUCUUCGACGCUGUGGAUUAAUCUCUUUGCACAGCCUGAGUAACUGCAAAAAGCUGAAGCACAUUGAUGCCCAGGAAAAUCAUAUUGAGACUAUCAGUUGUGAAAAUUUGGAAAAUCUCUGUGUUGUUCUUCUUAAUAAAAAUCAACUGACUUCUUUUCAUGGUUUGGAUGGCUGCAGUAAUAUCCAAAAUCUUGAACUCUCACAUAAUAAAAUCACUCGAAUUGUAUUUUCUAUAGAUCUUACAAGUGCCAUUAGGUGGUUUGAUGCAUGCUAUUCUCUCCAUGAAUUAUCUCUCACUGGAAACCCACUUCUUCAAGAAAUAAACUGGAGGCAUUCUCUACUUAAAGUGUUACCAGCUUUAAGAAUCCUCAAUGGCGAAAUGUUAAGCUCUUAUUCAGAAAAGCACACUGAAGAAUACUAUGAACCAGAAUUAGGACGUUUUGUGGUACUUUGUCAGUCUCAGAUUCAAGAAUUCAACUCACUAAUUGAAAGCUAUAUUACUGGAAAAGGAAAUUUUGUCACCUUGGAUGCUGCAGAAAAUCUCUGCCAUUAUUUUAAGAAAUUAAUGACACUUAGUAAUGAAUACCGAUAUUCACAUGAACAUGGGAAUGUAAGUAUCACUCAGAGAGAAGAACCUGAAGCCCAGCAAAAUCAUUUGGCCCCUACAAAUAGUGACAGCGUACUGCAAAACAGAGUUCUCCACUCUUGUGCAGAGAAAUAUAAACUGGACUCACCAGAUGCCUCAGAGAAAUGGAUGAACUCUAGCUUUAGUCAUUCCACAUUAACCAACUCCUUAUGUGAAGAUAUGAAAGGAAGCAAUGAGGAAGAAAUAGUAGACCAGAAGAGAGAAGACAGCAAAUCAAACAAUAUCCCCAUCAAAAGAAUCCCAGUCGUGGAAACAGUAAUGACAAGUUCUCUGCUGUGGAAUUGCCAAAAUACUGACCAUUGUAAAAAGAUUAUGGCAGCUAUGGUAAUCCAAGCAUACUGGCGCGGUUACAUCGUGCGCCGACAUAUUCAUUUCUCUACAAGGCUACAUACUGCUGCAAUAGGACCCCUGAUAUCCCAGCCAAAUUACUGCAUCAAGAGUAAAACUAUUUUAAAGAGAGAAAAAAGAGAAAAAAUUGUGAAUAUCCAAGAACAGAGGGAGAAGGCUGCUAUUCUUAUUCAGGCAGUUUGGAAGGGCUUUCUUUUAAGAAAGAAACUGACAACAGCUUUAGAGGCUAUUAAGAAUGAAGAAUCUGAAGAAGAAUAUGAAGAAAUAAACUUAGAGGAUUUUACAUUUGAUGAAGCUGCCUUAGAGAAAGAAUGGCUAACUUUAGAUUCCACCCGCUUCCCUUCACAAACACUGCUUCUCCCAAACCAGCUGCACUGGCCAAAGUUCUCUGGAACCUUAAAAUAUGACGAUACUUCACUGAAUUUACCAAGUCAUCCAGCUCAAGCAUGGCUUUGUAAUGAGAAAGAUGAUUUGUUUUCGUCAGAACAUGCGCAGUUUCAUAGCAGAUCAGAAAAUAGGACUUUAUCCUGGACACCUGAAUCAAAGACCAACAGAAAGAGUUUGCUAAAAACUGAAAAAGAAGAAAAAAUUUCAAAAGAAUGGGGCUUCAAGGAUAUUGCUACUGCUCAGCAAAUGUUGAAGAGAGCACAGAAGAUGAAAUCAAAGAAAUUAAAGAAAAAAUUAGAUCCCAUGGUUUGCCUAGCAGUAUUCAAAAACAAUGAAGAUAAAGUUUCUGCUACAAAAUCACCAAAGACGGCACAGCCCAGAAGAGAUGGUUACUUUGAAGGUAAGGAAGAAAAACUUACCUACAAGGAUGCCACUGCAAAUGAAAAAUUAGAAAGGAGUAAAGAAUACACAUUCCAAUGGCUUCACACACAGGUUGGGAUUCAUGAAACAACUAAUUCCAGAAAUAUGAAAUGCAAUCACUUCUUGCCUGAGUUAGAUCCAGAUGUACUUAAUGGUGGAAGAGUUCAGCUUGUGGCAAGACUUGUAAGCAGAGAAGACACGGAUUUAGACCUUUUUUCCAUGACCAGUGGAAGUGCUUUGUCUAUGAAGAAAGAAAAAAAAAAUCAGGCACACAGACACUCAGCGGGAUCUUCAAGUUUUUCAAUUAAGGGAAUAUUUGCACCAAUGAUAGCAAAUACAGGACCUUCUAAGAAAGAACGUAUAUCAUUCCGUGACAAUCCUGUACAACUCAGUGGUGGAUGGGGAAGUGGCAAAAAGAAGGUGAAAACUUCAAACUAAUUCUUCAAGCUUCAGCAUUCAAAACAUAUGGCACACAGUUUUCUCAAGAGAUCUAUGGAUAUCUGGUCAUGUUACCAAUUGAAUACAAGGUUUUAGAGUACUGUAUUUAAUUUGUAUUAUUAUACAUAUUCCACAAUUUUGUUUGCUGAUGGGGUUAUCUGAUUUCCCAUCUGUAAAAUACAGUUUUGCUAUUGUUCCUUUGUUUAUGAGGAAUGGCCUCCAGAAUUAAUUCUUAAAAAUAUUUGAAUGGAAUUUGCAUAUCCAAUUUCUUCUUUUGUUUAAAGAUUUUAUGACAUGUGUGUUAAAGAUGGUUUUUGUUACCAGUAAUAAGUUGUAAUACCAUACAUAUACUGUAAGAGAAUAAAACUAUAAUUUAUUGACACUGUUAAUAGUAUUAAUGAAUAAUUAACACAUUGAUGAAUUAUAUUUGACCAGAUUAUAACAUUAGAUAUUUCAAAGAUAAAUUGAUACACAAAAUACUUAGACAAUGAA